AUGUUCGUGCUGUUCGGAAUAUGCUUCUUCUCGUUACCUGUCUUGGAAGCACAAGACGUGUUUCAAGUUCAAACUCCAAGGGAAUGGUCCAACACCACUAUUGCAGUGAAUGGGUCCUGCUCCCAAGAUCAAUUCAGGUGCCAUAGUGGGCGAUGCAUCCCACAGCGAUGGGUCUGCGACAACCGGAAAGACUGCGAUGACGCGGAGGAUGAGAAGCAAAACUGCCAGCGAUUGCUGUACCACGGGUAUGAUCCUUUGACCACGGUGCCUCGUAUGCCUCACGAACCAAAUUGUUUGCUUCUUUUUUCAGCUCCCCCUUCCUGUGAACCAGGAGAAUUCAUAUGUGGUCGGCACGAGUGGAAUCAUUCCUAUUGUCUACCUACCUAUAAACGCUGUGAUAAAGUGAAAGACUGUGUGGAUGGCUCAGAUGAGCAAGAUUGCACGUACCGGUCGUGUUUUCACGAUGACGUAAAGUGUGGCUCAGAACUUUGUGUUCCAUCCAGCAAGAAAUGUGAUGGCUAUUUUGAUUGUCGUGACAAGACUGAUGAAGACGGCUGCAAUAUUACCUCAUGCUACCUUGACCAAAUACGUUGCAAAACGACUGACCGGUGUGUGAAUCGAGAUCAGAGGUGUGAUCACAAGAAUGAUUGUGAUGACAACAGUGAUGAGGAGGAUUGUGAUUUCCCUGCCUGCCACGAUGGUCAGUUUCGUUGUACCAAUGGAAUCUGCAUUCCUCUACGACAUAGAUGUGAUGGUCAGCGAGACUGUACUGAUAACAGUGAUGAACAGAACUGUACGAUAAUCUCAUGUUCUGAAGAUCAAUUCCUUUGCCCCACCGAAAAGAAAUGCAUCCCCAAGUCGAAGCUCUGUGAUAAUCAAGUGGAUUGCCGUGAUGGAGCUGAUGAGAAAGAUGCCUGCUCAACGGAGAAAUGCCCAGCAUUGGCUUGUGAGUACAAGUGCAAGGCAUCCCUGAAUGGAGGAAUUUGCUAUUGUCCAGAUGGGAAGCUCCUCAGCAGUAAGGAUUACCGAACCUGUGAAGAUAAGAACGAGUGCGAGGAGUGGGGGUUCUGUGACCAGCUGUGCUCAAAUACUGAUGGCAGUUACAAGUGCUCCUGUGUAGAAAAAUAUUACUUGGCCUCAGAUGGAAGGUGCAGAGUCCUGGAUAACAGCACAACCAUGUUGUUGUAUUUCAUCCAUUGGCAAACCAUUUAUACCAUGGAUGGGCAUGGGUUCAAUUUAAAUGUCCUUGUGAAUAGCACAGGAGCCAUAAGUCCCAUGGCUCUGGAUUAUCACUAUCAGAGAGGGAUAUUGUUUUGGACAGAUGAAGACACCAAGAAGAUCUAUACUAUUCCCAUGCCGGUGUCAUCUGAAAAGAUUGAUACCAACCGGCAAGCAAGGGAGAUCUCAUUGAAUUUAGAGAUGCCCUCAUCAUGGAAUCCAGUUGCUGUGGCUGUGGACUGGAUUGGGGAGAAAUUAUAUGCUGCUGACAAUUUGGGCCAGAAGAUAGAUGUAUUUGAGUUUGAUGGUCGAUUCCAUGCCAUUGUCCUUGGACAUAAUCUAACAUCCCCAUAUGAUCUUGUUUUGGAUCCUACUGUAGGACUAAUGUUCAUCUCUGAUGGAAACCGGAUCAUUCGCACAAACAUGGACGGAAAUAAGCUUAUUGUUCUUGUAGAAGAUGCCAUAUACAAGGCUUCAGGCAUUUCAGUGGACCUUACAGCCAAAAGAAUAUAUUGGUGUGAUUCCAUCUUGGACCACAUUGACACUGUAGAUUAUGAUGGCAAGAAGAGAUUCACUGUUGUCAGAGGUCCAACGAAUGUGCCAUCACCAAACCGGCUUACUGUCUUCGAAAGUGAGGUGUAUUGGACUGACAAAACAAGACAAGGGGUUGUCCAAGUGGGCAAGUUUGAAGGCACACAGAAGCUGCGGACUGUAUACAGGAUGAAUAACAUCACUCAAGGACCUCGUGGAAUCAAGGCUGUCCAUCCUGUCCUUCAGCCCCAAGUGGCCAAUCCUUGUGGAGUGAACAAUGGAGGAUGCAAUCACAUGUGCAUUGUGACUCAGAACACAGAAAUGACAGGACUUGGCUAUCGAUGUGCAUGCAACAUUGGAUAUCAGCUAGCCAAGAAUAGGCGUAGCUGUGACCCUGUGCAUGAAUUCCUUCUGUACUCAAAGCAGAAGUUCAUCAAAGGAGUAGUUCUAAGUCCAGUUGAGGAAAGCUUCAAUGACGCCAUCAUCCCUAUAGUGUCAAAAUCUGCCCGCUUUGUUGGACUCGACUUUGAUGCAAGAAAGCAAUACAUCUACUACUCUGAUGUUAUCCUGGAUGUUAUUCAUCGGGUCAAGACUGAUGGAUCAGACCAUGAAAACAUCCUGGCUUCUCAGAAUGAAGGGGUGGAAGGCCUAGCAUUGGAUUGGGUAUCUCAAAACCUCUACUACAUUGACAGCCGUCAGGGAACACUGAAUGUUCUAAGUGCCAGGAAUAGUACAUGGAGGAAGGUUCUCCGACGUGAACUGAAAAGACCGCGUGCCAUUGUUGUGCACCCUAAUAGAGGGUAUCUUUUCUACUCUGAAUGGGAGAGACCAGCCAAUAUCAGCAGAGUCAGUCUUGAUGCCUCAAAUGUCCUCGUGUUCCAAAAGCUAGUUCUUGGUUGGCCCAAUGGACUGGCAAUCGACUAUUCUCAAGAUCGUCUCUAUUGGUGUGAUGCCUUGCUGGAUCACAUUCAGCAUUCCAAUCUUGAUGGAACAGAUGUGAAGAAGAUUGAUACUACUCUUAUCCGUCAUGCAUUCUCCUUGGUUGUACAUGGAGAUUGGUUGUAUGUGACUGACUGGCGUCUGGAUGCCAUUGUGAGGAUGAAAAAGGAUACAGGUGAAGAGGAGAAUGUAGUUGAGAAAGUGGAAGGAAGCAAUCGCUUGUAUGGGAUAAAAAUCUUCAGCUCUUGGGCACAGGAUAUCCAUAAGGAUCAUGCUUGCUAUCAUGACAAUGGAGGUUGUGAGAAGUUCUGCUUCCCAAUCCCAAAGAGUGAUACCAAUUCAUCUAAGGAAGGUUCUCAUGGUUUGAUGCCCAAGUGCGAUUGUCCACAUGGAGAGAAGCUUGCUGAAGAUGGGAAAAUGUGCAUAACAGACCCUGAUGUUGAACCACCUCAACCAGCUUGUGCCCGGCCUUACUAUUUCACAUGUUCCAAUCAACGUUGUGUACCAAAAUCAUUUGUUUGUGAUGGGGACAAUGACUGCUUGGACAACUCCGAUGAAAUGCAAAAUUGCACUAAGGCAACUUGCAAACCAGAUGAGUUUCAGUGUGGUACUGGCCAUUGUGUGAAGAAAGAGUUCCAGUGUGACUCAGAAAACGAUUGUGGAGAUUUCAGUGAUGAGACAGGAUGUGAGGAUGUCACCUGUGAGUCACGUUACUUUCAGUGCCAGAAUGGACGUUGUAUCCUUGAAAACUGGAAGUGUGACUCUGAAAAUGACUGUGGGGAUGGAAGUGAUGAAGGUGACUUCUGUGAGGAAAAAACAUGUGCCUAUUACCAGUUUACAUGUCCUGGUUCAGGGCAUUGCAUAUCUCAUGCUUGGGUGUGUGAUGGUGACAAUGACUGUCUUGACAAUGCUGAUGAGAAAGACUGCCCUCCAAUCACUUGUACUGCAACCCAGUUUAAAUGUGCCAACUUGAAGCAAUGCGUUCAUGAAUCCUUUAAAUGCGAUGGCAUUCCUGACUGUGAUGAUGGAAGUGAUGAGCAAGGAUGUCCAACCAUUGGUCCAAAUCAGUGUGAUCCAGAAAAACAGUUCCAGUGUGAAAGUUCACGCCAGUGUAUCCCAAAAGAUUGGUUUUGUGACAGGACAGUUGACUGUGAGGAUGGAAGCGAUGAACCACCUGACUGUGGGGAAGUGAAGUGUCCCCCAGAGCAGUUCAAGUGCAACAACUCCAACUGUGUCAUCAAAGCAUGGAUAUGUGAUGGUGCAGAUGAUUGUGGUGAUGGCAGUGAUGAAGAUGAAAGACAUGCCUGUGCUUCCCCAACUCAAAGAUGUACUCAUGAUGAAUGGCCAUGCCCAGGAGUUGAAGGUGUCUGUGUUGCUCGGAAGAAAGUGUGCGAUGGGAAACCAGAUUGUCCCAAUGAAGGUGAUGAGGGGCCUCGGUGUGAUUUGAAUCCCUGUUCUGAUGGAGGUGUUGGUCCUGGUGUACCACCCAUUUGUGCAUAUCAGUGCAUGCCUACUCCUUUUGGCCCUCAAUGUGUUUGCCCUGCUGGAGAAGAACUAUCAAAGGAUGAGGCUAACACGUGCAUUGACAUCAAUGAAUGUAUUCCUGCUGGUGCAUGCUCUCAGAAUUGUAUGAACUUGAAGGGCUCCUUUGUCUGCACUUGUACUGAAGGUUACUACCUGAAGCUAGACAAUCAUACUUGCAAGGCAAAUGAUUCAGCUGCUGCAUACCUGAUAAUUUCAAAUCGACGAUCUCUUCUUGUUGGUGAUCUGGAGACUCAGAGCCUGGAAAGACUCCCAGUUGAUGUCCAGAAUGUUGUUGCAGCCACAUCAGAUAUGCACACAGAUACAAUUUACUGGUCUGACAUGAAGGCAAAAAAGAUUAUCAGGAUGAAGAGAGGUGAAGCACCAGAGGAUGUCAUUACUACAGGAUUAGACUUGGUUGAAGGCUUAGCUUUUGACUGGAUAGGGAACAACAUCUAUUGGGUAGACUCCAAGUUAAGGACUGUGGAAGUUUCCAAGUCAGAUGGCAGUCACAGGGCAAUUCUUGUGUCAGAAGAGACCUCACAAGUUCGAGGAGUGGCUGUAGACCCAACAGAAGGUGCCAGGUGGCUCUUCUGGACAGACUGGGGUGAGAACCCAAGAAUUGAGAGAGUUGGCAUGGAUGGCACCAACCGUAGCACCAUCAUCAGCAUGAAGAUUCGAUGGCCUAAUGGCCUUGCCUUGGAUGUUUCCAAUCGUCGUAUAUACUUCGCAGAUUCCAAGCUGGACUAUAUUGAUUUUUGUAACUAUGAUGGUUCAAACCGUCAGCAGGUGCUCGCUCAUAAUCACUAUCUACUUCACCCUCACUCAUUGGCAGUAUUUGAGGACACCAUAUACUGGACAGAUCGACAACUGAAUCGCAUUCUUUCCACGAAUAAAUUUCGUGGAGACCGACCUGAUGUUGUGAGUCAUCUGGUAUCACAGCCCCUGAGUGUUCAUGUCCAUCAUCCAGUUCUUCAACCCAUGAACAAAAACCCAUGUGAAGGGGCACCAUGUGAGCAUUUGUGUCUCUUGUCUCCCACAUCAUCUACUGGUUACUCCUGUAAAUGCAAGACCAGACAUCGACUGGUUGGAGCAGGAAAAUGUGUUCUGGAAGAGAAGACAUUCCUCCUGAUCAUGAAAGAGAAUCAGGUGGUGGACUUGAGUCUGGAUGCAGAAGAUGGAAAGAAUAGAAGUGAAAGUCUCUUCACACCCAUUGUUGGAAUUGGUCAAGGUGCAAUUGGAGUAGGACAGGGCAUUCAGAUGGAAUAUGACCGAGUCAAGGAAACCCUCUAUUGGGUUGAGGUCCCCUCCUUUGACAAGGAGAAUGGAACCAUAAUGUCUGUCCCAAUUGGAGGAGGAAAUGUAUCUGCAGUGUUCUCUGACUUUGUCAUUGGAGCUCCUUACACCAUUGCCUUUGAUUGGAUUGGAAGAAAUAUUUACAUUGGGAAUAGAAGAGGCUCAACUCUGGAAGUUGUCAAAGUUGAUGGUGAUACUCCAUUCAGGAAAGUACUCCUCAGCAACAAUGGCAAUGAUACUGGUGUUUCCCGUCCAAAGUCCAUGUGUCUUGAUCCCUUCAAUGGACAACUUUAUUGGCUGGAUGAAGGUGGAGGAGGAGUCCCAUCAAAGCUUGCAGCUGUUGACAUGGAUGGUGGAAAUCCUGUGGUUCUAGUGAGAGAUGUCAUUAGUCCCCUAUAUGUUACCAUUGAUCUCCAAGCCAAAAAACUCUACUGGAGCACAGCCUCACAUGGAGAAAUCUAUGUGAGGGAUAUAAAUGGAGAAGGGCAGAAGAAGCUACUCCUAAAUGAAAAUGAUGGCUUCCAUCAACCAGUAGCAUUGGCUAUCUACAAGAACAGGUUGUACAUCAUGGAUCCAACAUAUGAGAGAGUGUGCCGGGUGGACCUUCCCAAUGGGACAAAUCAAGUAGAUCUGAUUGCAAAUGAAAAGCCUCUCCAAGCCAUGAUGGUGUAUUACAAGAGAGAUGUGCCAACUGAUCAUCCAUGUCAAAUCAACAAUGGAGGUUGUGAGCAACUGUGCAUUCCAUCAAAGAGUAAGACCCGUGUCUGCAUGUGUUCAGUUGGGUAUCGAAGGGAAGGUGACCGGAAGUGCAUCCCUUACAAGACCUAUGCCAUUGUAUCACAGUUCUCUGUCAUCAGAGGGUUCAGCAUUCAGGAGGACUCUGAAGCCAUGGUCCCUAUCUCUGGCUUUGCCCGAAGUGUGCUGCAUCUAGCCUAUCACUAUGCCAAAGACUGGAUCUAUUGGGUCGAUUUUAGCAGCAUAGGGUUCAAAGGAAUUUUCAGGAUUCACCCUAAUGGCACUGGCAUGGAAGGAGUCAUCUCUGAUGGGAUUGGCCUGAAUGGGAUCCGAGGGAUUGCCAUUGAUUGGUUGGCUGAUAAUCUCUAUUUCACCAAUGUUUUCCCUCACAAGACCUACUUGGAGGCUUCUUGGCUGGACGGAUCUCACAGAUUGGUGAUCAGUGACAAGGACUCCCCUCGUGAGAUUGCAGUCAAUCCUGUAAAGAGAUACUUAUACUGGAUCGAUUAUGGCCAGUUCCCAAAGAUUGGUCGCUGUAAUUUAGAUGGCUCUGAUUGGAAACCUCUGGUUCUACGUGGGAUUGGGAAUCCCAAAGAUUUAACUGUGGAUAUGCAAUCUUAUGAUGUGUAUUGGGUGGAUGCCCGGCAAGACACAAUAGAGAAAAUCAAUUCUGAGGGUGGGAAUCGUCAGAUUGUCCGUUCUCGACUACCCAACCCAAUUGGUAUCUCCAUCUAUUUGUCAGAGGUGUAUUGGGUGGAUGGGAACCUGGGAAGCAUUUUCAAGGCUUCAAAACUCCCUGGGAACAACUCCUAUCCCAUCCCAGUAAAAGCUGGCUUGGAACAGCUUCGAGACAUUGUGAUCUUUGAUGAAAACAAUCAGCCCCAGGGUGAGAAUCCAUGCAAGGCACUGGGAAAUGGAGGUUGCAUGCAGCUGUGUUUCUCACUCCCCCUGCAAUCCACAUCAACUCACCUCUACUCCCACACUUGCAAGUGUGCCACUGGAGUCCUGGAUGCUGAUAAAAAGCGAUGCAUCCCUGCUAAUGAAUACUUGGUGUUUGCAACUCGGACAGAACUUCGGUUCGUCUAUCUGGAUCCAGAGCGACCAAAUGUCCCACACCCCACCAUUGGAAAUCUGAGCAAUGUUGUGGGGAUCGAUUUCGACUAUGCAGACAACCGAUUGAUGUUCACUCAGAUCCGUCCACACACUCAGAUCAGCUGGCUGUCCAGUUUUCAUCCUGAUUCCAGUAACAUCACUCAAAUUCUUACAUCUGGAAUCAAUCCAGAAGGAGUUGCAUAUGAUUGGACUGCAAGUAAAAUCUAUUGGACUGAUUCAGCCAAUAGUUCCAUCUAUGCCAUGAAUCUGGAUGGAAGUGAAAUUGUGGCCAUCACCCAUGUUGAGAGACCUAGAGCCAUUGUUUUGGACCCUUGCAAUGGGACCAUGUACUUCACGGAUUGGGGGAGAUUUGGAACAUCAGGCAAAAUAUACAAGUCGACAAUGGCUGGGACCUUGAAAGAGGUGGUCAUAGGUGAUGACUUGAAGCAGCCCAGUGGUCUUACCAUUGACUAUGAUGAGAGAAAACUAUAUUGGACAGAUGCUGUGAGGGAAAAAAUUGAAAAAUCUAACAUGGAUGGCUCAGAUAGACAGGUCAUAGUGUCAUCAACCAUCUACCCAUUUGCUGUGACAGUAUUUGGGAAUUACUUGUAUUGGACGGACCUUCAACUACGUGGGGUGUAUCGUGUUGAGAAGCACACAGGAGCUAACCUUGUAGAGAUGGUUAAGGGUCUGGUUGAAUCUCCCCGUGAUAUCCGCAUCUUUGCAGCUGAUCGUCAAAAAUGUCCCAAAGAGCACAAUCCUUGCAAUGCGAACAAUGGGGGCUGCCAGCACACUUGCCUGCCUGCUCCUAAUGGAACAACUGAAUGCAAAUGCAAGGAGGGAACACACUUGGUGAAUGACAAUCGCAUGUGUGUACCCAGCAACAUCACUUGCUCAGCUGACAAAUUCACAUGUGAAAAUGGAAGAUGCAUUUCUCGCCUCUGGACUUGUGAUGGAGAUGAUGACUGUGGUGACAAUUCAGAUGAAGACAGGAAUUAUUGUGCUUAUCAUACAUGCCAUCCUGGUGAAUUCCGUUGUGGCAAUGGGCGGUGCAUCUUCAGUCGGUGGAAGUGUGAUCAUGAAGAUGACUGUGGGGAUGAAACAGAUGAGGAGGGUUGUGAAUACCAACCAUGUGAAGAAGGGGAGUUCACUUGUGCCAACAAGAGAUGUAUCUCCCAAUCCCUGGUUUGUAAUGGAGUUGAUAACUGUAAGGACAAGAAGACAUCAGAUGAGUCAUCAGAGUUAUGUCCAAACAACACAACUUGCAAGCCAAAUAAUUUCAAAUGUGAGACUACAAACAUCUGUGUGGAGCCCUACUGGCUCUGUGAUGGAGAUAAUGAUUGUGGAGACAACAGUGAUGAGAAGGAAUCUCUCUGCUCUCAGAGGUCAUGUCCUCCCAACAGUUUCCGUUGCCCAAAUCAUCGCUGUAUCCCUGCUACAUGGCAUUGUGAUGGUCAGGAUGAUUGUGGAGAUGGUAGUGAUGAACCUAAAGAGUAUUGCAACUCUGAAUGGCACACAUGCUUUGGAGAUCUCUUCACAUGUGACAAUGGCAACUGCAUCCCUAGGAUUUACAUUUGUGAUGGAGAUAACGACUGUUUGGAUGGGUCUGAUGAGGACAAGCGCCAUCAAUGCAAUAAUCGGCAGUGUGAUGAGACCUCAGAAUUCACCUGUGCGGCAAACGCACUCUGGGGAAGAACGCGCUGUAUUCCUCGCAAGUGGAUUUGUGAUGGUGAUCCAGAUUGUGUGGAUGGAGCUGAUGAGAACACAACGCUCCAUAAUUGUCCCACUCCUGAACCCUGCAGUGAAGGCCUCUUCCAAUGUGGCAAUGGACAGUGUAUAAACAAGGCAUUCCUUUGUGACAAUGACAAUGAUUGUGGAGAUGGCACUGAUGAACCCAAGACCUGCAAGUAUUCUACCUGCAAUCCUGAGACAGAAUUUGCAUGUGAGAAUAGUAAAUGCAUUCGAACAGCCUACAAAUGUGAUGGUGAUGAUGACUGUGGAGAUGGAAGUGAUGAGAAGGACUGUGAGAAAGAAGAACCAACAUGCGAGCCGGGCAAGUUCCGUUGCAACAAUGGAGAGUGCAUUGACAAUCUCUUGGUGUGCAACAAGGUGGAUGACUGUGGAGAUGAGAGCGAUGAACCUAAAGGCUGUCAUGUCAAUGAAUGUGCCAAGGUAGAGUUCCAUCAAUGUGGUCACAAGUGUGUAGACACACUCACUGGCUAUCGAUGUGAAUGUACUGAAGGCUACAAGCUCAUGAAAGAUGGAAAGGCUUGUGAAGACAUCAAUGAAUGUGAAGAGCUGCCUGCAGUUUGUUCACAAUACUGCACCAACACACCAGGGUCAUUCUAUUGCAAAUGUAACCAUACUUACUAUGAACGUUCAGCUGGGGAUGAAUAUUCAUGUAAGCGCAAAGAUGCAAUUGCUCCUUGGGUCAUAAUUACCAACAAAUACUAUGUCCGCAUUAUGGAUACAAAUGGUGCUAAUCACCAGCUCCUGCAUCAGGAUCUAAGAAAUGUGGUUGGAUUGGAUUACAUGUACUCACAAGAUCAACUGUUCUUCAGUGAUGUUGUUGCAAAGACCAUCUUUAGGUCUAAAUUCAAUGAGAGUUCAUCAAAUGACAAAGAGAAAAUAAUUCGUCAUGAUAGUCAUGGCCUUGAAGGACUUGCAGUGGAUUGGGUUGGAAAGAAGAUCUACUGGCUGGAUCGUCACAACAAACAGCUGGAUGUUGCAGAACUCAAUGGUACAAAUAGAAGAACUUUGAAGGCCAGUGGCAUCUCAUAUCCAAGAGCCAUUGCAGUUCACCCAGGCAUUGGAUACCUUUUCUACACUGACUGGCAGCUGCAUGCAUACAUAGGCAAACUAGGAAUGGAUGGAUCAAAUUUUACUCGUAUCUUGUCACAAGAGAACAAAAUUAAUUGGCCAAAUGCACUGACAAUUGACUUCUUCAGUGAUCGAAUCUUCUGGGCUGAUGGUCAUCUUGACUAUAUUGCAUUUGCUGAUUUUGAUGGGAAGCAUGUUCAUCAUGUCCUUUCUGGGCCAUCAGUCCCCCAUGUCUUUGCCAUCACAGUUUUUGAUGACUACUUGUAUUGGACAGAUUGGAACUUGCUUGCAGUGAUGAAAGCACAUAAAUUUACAGGAAAAGGAUAUCAGGCCAUUCGAAACACAACUCACAAGGCAUAUGAUAUCCAGAUCUACCAUCCUUUAAGGCAACCUGAUUUCCCCAAUCCAUGUGGAAAUAAUAAUGGUGGAUGUUCUCACCUCUGCCUCCUUUCACCAAGGAAUGCUUCAGUCACUUACACCUGCACAUGUCCAAAUCAAUUCUUUUUGAGUCCUGAUGGGAAAUCUUGCAUUGCAAAUUGCACUUUGGGUGAGCAUAAGUGUGGUGGUUCUGAUGAGAAAUGCAUUCCACUCUUCUGGAAGUGUGAUGGUGAAAAAGAUUGUGCAGAUGGCAGUGAUGAGCCUUCCUCUUGCCCCGAAAGGAAAUGCAAGACUGGACAAUAUCAAUGCAAGAAUUUUAACUGCACUUCACCAACUCAAAUCUGUGAUGGAAGGAAUGACUGUGGAGACCUCUCAGAUGAGGAGAAUUGUCAUGCCCCAUGCCCUGAACUGCAGUUCAAAUGUCGCAACACUGGUCGCUGCAUCCUUGGAGCCUGGAUGUGUGAUGGAGAUAGUGAUUGCACUGAUGGCAGUGAUGAAGACCCUGCUCAGUGCUACAAUCGUCCCUGUGACAAUGAAACUGAGUAUGCUUGUAAAAAUGGAAAAUGCAUUCCAAAACUAUGGUUCUGUGACUUUGACAAUGAUUGUGGUGAUGAUUCUGAUGAGCCCUCACACUACUGUCGGAACCAGCAAUGCCGUCAUGGCUGGCGUCGCUGCCCUGGUUGGGCUAACUAUCGCUGCAUUCCAAAAUGGCUCUUCUGUGAUGGUAAAGAUGAUUGCCGUGACAACAGUGAUGAAGAUCCCAACAAUUGUGAAGCUUGUGCCCCAGACACAGAAUUUCAGUGCAAUAACCGCCGAUGCAUUCCAAAGCGAUGGGUUUGUGAUUUCUCCAAUGAUUGUGGGGAUAAUAGUGAUGAAAACAGGAAGCUUUGUGAGGGACAGUACAGAGGAUGUUCAGAAUCUGAGUUCAGAUGUAGCAACAGCAUUUGUAUCUUGAAUAAGUGGCGGUGUGACCAUGAUGAUGACUGUGGAGACAACUCUGAUGAAGAAAACUGUCAAGAUUGGAAAUGCAAAGAGGGAGAAUUCCGAUGUAACAGUGGUCAUUGCAUCCCAGAGGAGUUGCGAUGUGAUGGUGGGCGUGACUGUCAUGAUCUUAGUGAUGAAAUUGGCUGCCCAACACGAUUUCCAGAUGGAACUUACUGCCCUCAGACUAUGUUCCAAUGCCAGAACACCAUCUGUGUUGAACAGAGAGAGCUCUGCAAUGGACAAGAUGACUGUGGAGAUGGAAGUGAUGAGAAGGCAGAGCUUUGCCAGUCGUUUGAUUGCAAUACACUCCUCCGAUUCCGUUGCAACAAUAACAAGUGCAUUCCUCGUUUCCAACUUUGUGAUGGGAUUGACAACUGUGGAGAUGGUAGCGAUGAAAACAACCACACAGUUUGUGUGAAGCGGCCAAGACCUUGCUUCUCCAGUGACUUCAAGUGUUCCAAUCAUAAAUGUAUACCAAAGAGCAAGUUGUGUGAUCACGCAGAUGACUGUGGAGAUCAGUCAGAUGAACGAGGUUGCUUAUCAGGUGACUCUUGUGCUGUUCACAAUGGAACUGGAGGAUGUGAGCAGAUGUGUACUGACCUUACUGAGGGAGGAUACAUCUGUCACUGUCGACCAGGAUAUAGAGCCAAAGAGGCCAAUCCCAAGGAGUGUGAGGAUAUUGAUGAAUGUGAAGAACUCAGCCAUAAUUGCUCACAGAUAUGCGUCAAUAUUAAUGGAACAUAUGGCUGCCACUGUCGAGAACCAGAUUUUUUGGAAUACCAUGGCACCUGUAAAGCCAAGGGAUCUCCCACAACUCUCCUUUACUCUACUGGACCUGAAAUCAGAGGCUUUCGAAUGGGUGAAAGGGAGAGACGAUCCCUCAGUUACCUCCAGGGUGAAUUCCGAAUUCAAGCUCUUGAUUUUGAUCCUACCAAGAAAAUGAUCUAUUGGACUGAUUCCUAUGAGAAGGCAGUGAAGAGAUCCCUCAUGGCCUAUGCUGAUAUCCCUGAUGUUGAAACAGGAUUCCCACAGAACCUGGAGCUUAAAGGAUCCUCAAAGCCAUUUGGUAUAGCAGUUGAUUGGGUAGCUGGAAAUCUUUAUUGGACUGAGACGGAUCGCUCCAGCACCCGAAGUCGAGGUCGCAUUGUUGUGGCCAAAUUGGAUGGGAGAUACCGUCACUCACUCAUCACAAGUGGCCUGGAGAUGCCUUCUUCUGUGGUUGUUAAUCCAGGAAGAGGUAUCAUGCUUUGGUCAGAUGUGGGAUCUUCUCCCAAGAUUGAAUCCUCAUGGAUGAAUGGGAGAAAACGAACUACAGUGAUCAGUGACCGGAUAGGAUAUCCAACUGGUCUCACAAUUGACUACUCUAUGGAUGAUGUUGUUUACUGGGCUGAUCCAAAACUGAAUACAAUUGAAAUGAUGAAGUAUGAUGGGUCUAAACGAAAGGUUGUCGUUUCUGGAGAGAAACUGAGACAUCCCACAGCCCUAGAUGUCUUUGAGAGCUCUGUGUAUUGGGUGACCAGAGAUACAGGAGAGAUUUGGAAGCAGGAUAAGUUUGGCCGAGGUGUUUCGGUCAGAGUUGCACAGGACCUCCUAAAUCCCACUAGUGUGAAAGUGUAUCAGACAUACAGGUACAACACAUCUCUGACAAACCCAUGCCAUACAAGUUCUUGCUCUCAUCUAUGUCUUCUGGAACCUCAAGGCUACACUUGUGCCUGUCCUGAGAAUACUCCAUAUAGGGGGCGCUCAGAGAGCACUUGUGAUGCAGCUGUGGAACAGCCCAAAUCUGAGCCUCUUGUUUGCUCAUGUCGAAAUGGGGGGAGAUGUGUCCUGGAUGAUAAGCACCAAUUAAAGUGUCAGUGUGUGGAGGAUUAUGAGGGUGAAAACUGUGAGAACUAUGUUGCCAAGAAUAGUGUCUAUCAACAAGGUUCCUUUUCCUCGGAAACCAUUGCCAUUCCCAUUGUCAUUGUGCUGAUAGUUGGUUUCACAGUUGGUGUGUACAUGGUGCUCCGCAAGCGAAACUUUGGGAAAGCUGCUGCAGGUGGACUUGGGAUCUCCCCAAGUGUUUCCUUCCGUAGUGGCACAAAUGUUGAAUUUGCUGCUCCUGGAUUUGGAGAUGCUGCAAGAGGAGAUAUCAGCAAACAGGAGCCUAUCGAUGCAGGAGUGAAUAUGGGCGUAUUGGGUUCACGGGACUUUAGCAAUCCUAUGUAUGAUGCUCUGGACCAUAUGGAAGCAGCUGUGGGAAGUGAUGCCAUGAAGGGAAUCUAUGAAGUACCUCAGGAGAAGGGUGCUUCUGAUUCUUCAGCCGUGAUCACUCCAUCCAGUGUCAUCCAGAAAGCAUCCCCACAGAUCCAAAUCCGACAACGGGAACUUGACCCCACAUCAGUUGACACUGGUAAAGACACUCAGCAACUUGUCGAAGAAGACAAUGGGAUGGCAGUCCAAUCAGGACAAGAUAUUCAGCUGAAGCAAGGUUUGCCACCAAUGAAACCUCUGCCCAUACAUGAGACUGAUGCUUACAUCGAGGACUUCACCACAGCUACCAAUCUCAAUUGGAUAGAAUCAUCGGACACAGUCAGGAAAGUUGGCAUGUCCAAAGCUGUUCUUGUACUUCAACAAACGCAGGUCUACCAACGUGCCAUCUUCUUUACCCUCCUCAUUCCACAACCAAAUGGAGCAUGCUUUGCUGGGGUGUACAAGCCAGUGAAUUUAGAUCUCAGUGAAUAUUCUCAUAUGUCGAUACGACUUCGAGGGCAAGGUGAGAAUAGUAGAUACAAACUCUCCAUGGAUGACAUAUCCACUGGCAGCAUGGGACACCCUCACUAUGAGGCUUUUUUUCAAAUUCCCUUGGGUGAUUUCACAGACAUGACCAUACCAUUCUCUGACUUCAAACCAUACUUCAGAGGUAAAGGUCCUCUGAAUGACACCAGACCUCUCGACUUGAAACACAUCACCAGAGUGGGUAUCCAAGUAUAUGGAGGAGUCUAUGAAGACCAUAAACAAUCAGGAGUGUCGAGCAUGGAAAUAGACUGGAUCAAAGUGAAGAAGACUCAAUUGAAUGUUUCCUUUGCUACAGUCCUUUUGUAG